UCCGCUCGUGUAGGCGAACUUGGUGCGCGAUUAUGUCUGCGUAACGUCAACGGGCCGGUCUACGACGUUGUUCGUCCGUUCGGCGGAGAGGCAGGCGCGGCAUGACGCGAGUCGGCGACGGUGAUCGCGCGUAAAAAUGAAAUGGGGCAUUGGGUGAAAGUACUCGCGGCGGUGACGGCGGUGGCGGCGGCGAGCGAGCGUGCGAGCGAGCCUACCUCUUAUAUCAGAUCAGUACGAAUGCUGCGCAACCUGUGGUCCCUUUGUGUUCUCCUAUCGCUGGUCACACUGGUCCCAGCGUUGGAGAAUGGCUUGGCUAGAACACCUCCAAUGGGAUGGUUGGCGUGGGAAAGAUUCAGGUGCAACACUGACUGCAAGAACGAUCCAGAUAAUUGUAUAAGUGAUCGUCUCUUCCGGACUAUGACAGACAUAGUGGUGGCUGAAGGGUACGCUGCAGUAGGAUAUGAGUACAUUAAUGUGGAUGACUGUUGGUUGGAGAAAGAAAGGGAUAUAAAUGGACAACUCGUACCUGAUAAAGAACGAUUCCCAUAUGGCAUGAAGAGCCUGGCAGAUUAUGUGCAUUCAAAGGGUCUCAAGUUUGGUAUUUACGAGGAUUAUGGUAACUAUACCUGCGCUGGAUAUCCAGGUAUAUUGGGCUACUUAGAUAUAGAUGCUGCCACAUUCGCUUCCUGGGAUGUAGAUUACGUGAAAUUAGAUGGAUGUUAUUCACAUCCAGUUGACAUGGACAGAGGCUAUCCCGAGUUUGGGUUCCACUUGAAUCAGACUGGAAAGCACAUGAUAUAUUCAUGCAGCUGGCCUGUUUAUCAAAUUUAUGCUGGUAUGAAGCCGAACUACACCUCGAUUGCGGCACACUGCAAUCUCUGGCGCAACUUUGACGACAUCCAGGACUCCUGGGCCAGCGUAGAGAGUAUCAUCGAUUACUACGGCAAUAAUCAGGACGGGAUCGUGCCCAACGCCGGUCCUGGGCACUGGAAUGAUCCAGACAUGUUGAUCAUUGGCAACUUCGGUCUGAGCUACGAGCAAAGUAAAACGCAAAUGGCGAUCUGGGCUAUACUAGCGGCACCGUUGCUCAUGUCCGUCGAUCUCAGGACGAUCAGGCCAGAGUACAAAGCCAUCCUGCAAAACAAAAAGAUUAUCGCCGUGGACCAAGAUCCGUUGGGCAUUCAAGGUCGACGGAUAUACAAAUACAAGGGCAUUGAGAUUUGGGCAAGGCCCAUCACCCCAGUUUACCAAAACUACUACUCGUACGCGAUCGCGUUCGUCAACAGACGUACGGACGGCACGCCGUCGGACGUGUCGGUCACGCUGAAGGAGUUGGGUCUACAGUAUCCCGGAGGAUACCGCGUCGAGGAUCUGUACGAGGACGUGGAUUACGGAGUACUGACGCCACAGACCAAGAUCAAGGUCAAGGUGAAUCCAUCGGGCGUAGUGAUAUUGCGAUGUAAUUUGAAUAUAGACGACGUGUUUCGCUACUCGCCGUAUUCGUCUUUGAAUCAGGUCUUUAAAGUUAGGCAAAAUUCAUUUAAAUGAUCAUACGUCUAACGUAUUACUUUAAUUUCUAUCGGCGUUUUCAUAUGCGCGUGCGUAUUCUAUUAAUAUAAUAUAUAAUAUAAGAAAGAAUAGGAAAUAAAGAAUUUUAUAAACU